UAUGAAAGGAGAGCCGUGUGAACCCCGUUUUACUGGACUAUACGUCAAACUCGACUCAAUUUUGGCUCGUCAGGCGUCGACAGGAAGCAGGUGAGGACAGGUGUUAUCUGGAGGAGCCUGCUGAUGCGCGCGAGGCAGCGGUUGUCAUCACGAGCUCCCAGAGUGUGCACGUGGCUGUGCAGAAGUUUGUUUUUAACGGGAUCUAAUCUCUAAACUAAUAACUAAUGACAAGCACAGUAAAAUGGCUUUCGCCAGCCUGUUCACGAGACUCUCUGCCAUCGAAGAAGACGUGAAGAGCCCCGGUCGAGCAGCCUUUACACACAGGAACGAGGCUGAGGAUGGUGAGAGGGGCCGUGGCAGAAAGAGGAAGAACCAGGGUGAGCAGACCGGCCCCAAUAAAAAGAAGCGAUGGCACCAAGCCCAGACUGCUUAUAAUGCUGCACCCGAUGGCUCCAAGGCCGCACACCACCGUAUGCAUAACACUGCCAGCGAACAUGCAAGUGUUGGCUUCAACAAAGAAGUGAUGCAUUGCCCCAGAGACCAAGCUUCCCAUAAUAACAUGUGUCCCAAAGGUCUGAAUCGCAAAGCGAAAAAAUACACGAAUGUGAACAAGAAACAGGAGCAGAAAAAUCAGCAUCAACAGAAGGAUAGAGGGAGACAUGCCAACAGAGGUGGAGGCCAUCAGAACAGACCUUCUUGGAGAAAAGGUGGAGGGGACAGGAAAAAUAAGUGUUAUAAGCAGGACUUCCAAGUGAAACGUACCAGGUUCAUGACGCAGGAGUUCAAGGAUCAGAAUGUUUUGUUGUUGGAUGGGCGCUUACUUUGUCGACAUUUCCUUUGGGGAAGGUGCAUCAAGGGUGACGACUGCCAACUGGAACAUGUUCAGGGCUACAACGAUCUCGUCAAAGAAGUGUGCAAAUUCUACGUCCAGGGGCUCUGCACAAAAGGGGAGAGCUGCCCAUACAUGCACAAGUCCUUCCCCUGCAAGUUCUUCCAUAGAAAAGGAAAAUGCUCUCAAGGAGCAGAUUGCAGGUUCUCCCAUGAGCCACUUAACGACAUCACUAAUGAACUGCUGGAUAAGGCAUUAAAACGGGAAAAUGACCUCUAUGAACUUGCAAAAAAAGCUGAACAGAAGUCGUCAGGACAACCGACGAACACAGACGAGUCUGAAAUUCUAGAUGCAAACACAACCCCUGAUAUACUCAUACAACCAAUCAGGCCUAACUUUUACAAAAGUGCAGACACAAAUGCAGAGACGGAGACCUUGUUCUGUCAGACUGAAGGACCGGCCGAUAACAUGGAGGAAGUGGUCCCACCAUGCGCAUCAGAUGCUGCCCAACCUCACAGCCCCCCGUCAACUAAACUUCAUCAUGAGGAGCCGGUUUGUUAUUCAGUUGAAGCAGUGCUGGGACCUCAGCUGUCUAAACCUUUCACAAGUUUCUUCACAACUCCAAGAAAUCAAGAAUUCGCCCCUCUUUCUUCUUCUGAUUGCACGUCAGGAUCUUCAUACCAAAGCCAAGCUCCCUACUCUGUUGAUGCUGUUCUCAGGUCUUGUAAAUCAGCGGAAAAUUCUACCUUUGCUCACACACCUACCCCACCCACUGCACAAACUGUAUCCUAUAUCCCAAAAACUAGCUUUGAGGAGAUCACCAGUCCCCCGCUAAGCUCAGAGACCCAAAAUAAGAAGGUCCUGUAUUCUUUAAAUACUAGAAAUGAAGCAAACAAAUGCCAGGAAAAAAUGUUCAAGAGCCUGUCAUCCCUUCAAGUGCACACAGGCCUGAUUUCAAAGACCUGCCCUAAUCCGUCUCUGGCCUCUGGGGAUCACAAGAAACAAAGCGGGAAUACGCCAGAAUCCCUGAAACCUCAACGACCUUCUCACAAAGUCAAGUUUGAGCCGGUGCACCUGCCUAUGGAUAUAACACGCUCUGUAAACACGAACGAACACGAACCCACGAGGCACAAAAGCAUUUUUUCAAGGCCCCCCUCUGAGUCACCUGCUUCCAAACAACAGUUGAAGCCACACGUCUCAGUUGUGACAGCUGGCUCGCAGGCCUCUUUUAAGCGUUUUUGUCCCUCUUCAGGUUUCACAGAGUUAAAAGGUGGAGCUGCUGUUCUUGCUGUCACCAGCCCUGUUAGGUCAAGUGAUUCCACAAACUCUGCCAGUCCUCAUUUUACAGCAAAACAACCCACUGAGAUCCACCUGCCCUCCAAAAAGACACAGUCUGGCCUCAAAGUUAGCACAAAACCUAAUUCAUCUGAAACCACAGCAGACUGCAGCAAUGAAAUGGCACAUUGUGGUGAUUUGGCAGUUGGGUGUAAAGAGACAUUGAAAAAAAGGCCCUUUCAUAGCCUUUUUGCAAGCCCCAUCACUGACACUCUGCAGCCUGUAGACGAUUCUGGAACAAAUUCCUCUUGUGCUCAAGGCUUAAUUCGGUCUCCCCGUGCUGCUCCACCAUCAGCCGAUUGCAGAAGUGAUGAUCUUAAAACUGUACUUGAGCCCAGCAAAGCCUCUGCCAGCUCCUUCCUCAGCCUUUUUGCUGCCCCUCUCAGUGCUGCUCCUCUCCCAUGUAUGCAGCCUCAGCCAGAUCAUUCAAGGACUGCCUCCUGUUCUCAACAGUCAGUCGAUAAUACAGCUCGUUUAUCAGACUCUAAACAAAGAGCUUCUGAUUUAGAGACAGCGCUCCCACAGGUCAGAACUGAUGUCAAAGAUAAUUUCUCUCCUGAUCCUAAAAUAGGAAAAGACAGUUCAACAGAGCGUAUGAAUCAACCCACAAAGCAGCUGGUGAAUCCCAUCAGUGGCCUUGAGUCCGAUUCUCUCAGUGAGACGUCUACCAGUCCGGCUCCUUGUGCUGACAGUCCAACUAUAAGCCGCGCUCAUCAGCAGCUGCCCGAAAGCUCAUCACAUGAAGUAGCAGCCACCGCAAACUCAGUGCUGAAGACUCUCUUUCUGUGCCUGAGCCCGUACCAACAGGAUGGAGAGCAACAGCACUGCAUUCAGAUCAGUGUCCCUUCAGAAAGUGAAAAGAUGGACAACAGCAGCACCUGUGUUUUUGUGAUGCAACAGCAGAAGAGUAAAAGAAAGGGAAGACGAAAGAAGAAGCAAGAGACUCAAGAUUCCCAUGAACAGUCAACUGAGGAAACAGAGCACCAGCCCUCCCCUCAGUCUCCUCAGAUCUCCUCAGAGGCAACAGGUGGGUCGACCCUCAGCGGUGCAGGAAUGACUGAAGCUGAGGUGAGAGACUCUGACAUCCACACUUUCACGCCAUUCAAACCGGAGGUGCCGCCGAAGCAGCAUCACACCCAACCAAGACUGAAGCACAGUUCAGAGGAAGGAAAGGGAGUGAAUGGGAACAUGGCCGCCACACCGCUCAAAGACCUUUUUAAGACUUUAGACACUGCGGUUUUCCACUUUGAACAUUAACAAUGGAAUUACUUUUGUGUGAAAACACUAAUAAUCUGGAUUCAUUUUGCCUUGUGGUCAGUCAUAGUAACCAUGUUGAUUCUUGUGUUAUAUUUAAAAUCUUUUGUAUUUGUCAUUUUUUGUGCAGUUUUUUUUUAAUGAUUAAACAUUAAAAUUGUUCAAUUACAUUACAUUAAAUAUAUAUAGCAAUGUCUUUUUGUGUAAAAAAGAAACUAAUGUUCCGAAACACUGAUAUGUAUAUCCUUGAAAAAGUCAAAUAUUCUAUAGUGAUGCUGCUUCAUCUUCAUGGAAAAAUGUCCCCCUGAAUUGGUCGACUUGGGGGAGUCGUCAGCUGAUGAAGCUCACCGGGGCUCUUGUGCUCAUGUGGUUAUGCAGGACGCCUUUAACUGGUCUUUCUUGUGGUACAAAGAGACGUGUGCGUCUGACAGAUGUUAAAGAGCUGGGCAAAUGCAAAUAUUGAGAAAGUCAGGCAAACAGCUUUUCAUUUUAAGGUUUGGUUGUUUUCAAAAUGUUCAGUAUGGUGGCCGUGUUGGGAAGCAGUCUGCAUUGCCUUUUCAUAAGAUCACAUGAUCACUGGAUUGAUUCUGAUAAAUUAACAGAAUCCUCUCGUUGACAGAGCGUGACUUUCUUUUGAUGGAAACCAGCCUGUUUAUUUUCUCUAAUUUGCACUGAUUGCUAUUUAUUUAACGAUGCCUGAUGAUGAAUUCAUUAAAUAGAAUGUCGCCAGUGGCUCUUGGUUUUCACUCAGUCGGCCACCAGUUGGUACACAUUCAGGAAACAGUUAUUUUUGAGAAAGUGUGGAUGGUAUAACUGCCCUGUUGGGCUUUAUGUGUGUCGUCUGUAUGCAGGCUUACCCUGCUUCAUUCAGCAAGAGGCUGCUCCAGUGUUAUUGCCACAUUAAUUCUUUAGAUUGUAAAGAUCAUGUUCAUGAUCAUGUAAUGGGAAUAAUCAUAUUGUAUUGGGUGCCUGUGCUGUUGAAGAAGGCAAAUUGUAUGCAGCGCCCUUCAUAUCAAAGCUAGUGGUUUGGUUGGCUACGUGUUCAUUAACA